UAUUAUUUCAAACUUCAUGUUGACGAUAGCAGCGAAACUGCCUCUCCCAUCCAUCCUCUUUAAAGAGCUCUCUGACCCUCCACCAUGUAGUCACCUGAGUGCUGACAGCAGAGCUUUCUCCAUGGCAUCUUUCUGAACUAAGACUCUUUUAUCCUCCGGUCCGAUCGAGACAUAUAUAGGCCACCGUUCAUCAUGCUGCAGAUUGGAGAUGAGGUGGUGUAUUUCUCGGCGGUGUUUCUGCUGGUGGCGUUGGGGACGCGGAGCGCCACUGGUGCCUCCCUUCUCACCGCAUUCCUCUACGUCUUCAUGGUGAUGUUCCGGUUUCCUGCGGUGCCAGGGGACCAGGCCGGCCGCGUCCUCCGGCCCAGGUCUCCAUCAGGCGGCGUCCUGGUGGUCGCGCACCGCGGAGGCAGCCACGAUGCUCCGGAGAACACCUUGGCAGCGAUCCGAGAGGCCAGUAGGAACGGGGCCACCGGAGUGGAGCUGGACCUGAGUUUUACAGCUGAUGGAGUGCCCGUACUGAUGCAUGAUGAGACUGUGGACCGCACUACCAACGGCUCUGGACCUGUUAGCAAACUGCAGUUGGUCAAACUUAAGAGGCUAGAUGCUGCAGCUUGUCACAGGCUGAAGGACAGGUUCAGUGGUGAGAAGGUCCCAACUCUGCAGGAGGCGGUGGAUGAAUGCAUCAGACACCAGCUGACCAUCUUCUUUAAUGUCAAAGAUCAACCCGAUAAGGCGGCAGCAGUGCUUCAUGAGAUGUAUAAGAAGUUCCCUGUCCUUUACAAUUCCAGCAUAGUUUCUUCUUUUGAACCCAAAGUCAUCUACAAGAUGCGUCAGACUGACCCCAACGUAGUAACAGCUCUUAUCCACCGCCCCUGGAGACUGAGCCGCUUUGGAGAUGGCACUUCUCGGUCCCUGUCAACAUCGGGUCAGCUGUGGAUGGGGGUUCUGGACGUCUUGUUGGACUGGGCCCAUCACCACAUACUGUGGAAACUCUGUGGGGUUUCUGCCAUCUUCAUGCAGAAAGACUUCAUCUCACAGGACUACGUUCAGUACUGGGCAGAGCGAGGUGUGGAGGUGGUGGGCUGGACUGUUAACACCGCUGUGGAGAAACACUACUACCAAAACCUGUUGAAGAUUGGUUACAUCACCGACAGUCUGCUGGAAGACUGUGAUCCUCAUUACUAAACGAUCACACCCACACUCACAGGGAUGAUUCAGAUCCCAAGUGUUUGUUAAAUAGAACAUUUUACAGCUUCUUAAUAGAUAAGUUGGAACUUACUAAACUCUUUGGUUAGACAUAAGACUACAAAACUUCUAUAAUGACUACAUUUCCCAGAGUCUUUUCCUUUCAAAGACCACAAAAAUAUGUAAAUAUGUAAAUUAAUUCAUUAUAAAGUGGAGGGAAGCUAGAAAUUUGGUGCUAACUAGCUUGAUAGUGGCAAUCGAACAAUCCAAGCUUUAUAUGAUUUACUGUAGAGGUUAGAACACAUCAUUACCUGCAGCUAGCACACAGGUAAUUUCACUUUUAAAUCUACACACCCAUUAAACCAGGAAGACUCGGAUGUAUACUUCCUAGUCUUUAUCCUACUACCAGCAGCAAUAAAUCCAACUCUAAUGGACCAGGGAUUGGGAUUAGGCUACUUUAAAGAUCUUUUCUACCUUUUGUGCUGAUCUUUCAGAGGCUUUAAAGAGACGUAGAGUAUAGUUGUAACAUUAGACGUGUUCAAAUCCUAUUAAUGCCUGCUGUCAUGAUAUGUAUUUACUAAUAGCCUAGAAGAUCUGUUGUUAAUUCUGCGACAUGGUGAUACUUGAUUGUUUGGAAAUUUGCCUUCUGUCAAUAAGUGCCACAGCUGCACAAAUACACCAGAAUAAAUACACUUUGAAUUAAAAUGAAAUCUGAUUGUAAGCUACAAUGGAGGGAAAGUAAUGCACCCCUGAAUCCUGAGACACACGUGGAGGGUAUGAGUGUAGGUGUCAAGGCAGAGACGAGUCAACAGAAAGUCCAAAAUAUUUGUGUGAAGUAACAUCCUCAUUAUGAGCCAUUAGAGAAGAAACUCUUUUGUGACCAUGGCUGU